UUGUAGGGCCGCCUGCGGAGUAUGGCCGGCAGGGGUGCGGGCAGCGGCCCGCAGGGACCCGCCGUGGCGCAGCCGCCCGCCGGCGGUCACCUGUACCCCGUGGUGAGCGCCGAGAGCGAGGGCCCGGAGGAAGAGGGUGAGGUGUCGGAGCUGCGGCCGCGGGGCAGGGAGAAGGUCCGGCGGAGCACGUCCAGGGACAGGCUGGAUGACAUCGUGCUGCUGACGAGGGACAUCCGGGAAGGGGACACGCUGAACGCGAUCGCGCUGCAGUUUUGCUGCUCGGUUGCAGAUAUCAAGAGAGUUAACAAUCUUAUCAACGAUCAAGAUUUCUUUGCCCUGAGGUCUGUCAAAAUUCCGGUGAAAAAGUUUAGUGUAUUGACUGAAACGCAUGUCUCCCCAAAAGGAAGACAAGUCCUUCGGCCUGCUCUCUAUUCCCCAGAAGUGCAGGAAACGUCACUUUCUGAUAAAUUCUCUGCUAAUGAGACUGCUGGCAACUUCUUAAAAGAAGUGGAUCGAGAUAUAGAAGAAAUAGUGAAGUGUAAUGAUACAAAGAAAGAGAAUCUUAAUGAAGUUGUUUCUGCUUUAGCAGCCCAACAGGUUUGUUUUGAAACUGAUGGUAAAACUAAAAAAAGCAAGGAUCCUUACUACGGAGCAGACUGGGGUAUAGGAUGGUGGACAGCGGUAGUGAUUAUGUUGAUCAUUGGCAUAGUAACUCCAGUUUUUUAUCUCCUGUAUUACGAAGUUCUGGUGAAAGCAGAUGUCAGUCACCAUUCUACAAUGGAAUCUUCCCAUUUGUUUGUCACAGCAGUAUCGCAUCAGAAACAAAUAGAAAAUGGAAUAAAUCCAGCGAAUGUUAUCAAUGUUGAUAAUCAAGGAGACUUUCAGCAUUAACAACAGAGUACCACAUGUAACUUAUUGGUAGACACAUAACAUAGUGUUAGGCAAAGGGGAAACCACAGAAUGCAAAAUGUACGUGGAACGUAGAGGAAACGAGUACUGAUGUAUGACUUGCCCUCAAUGGGUAGUGUUCCACCACAGGGAUAUUUCUGGGGAUCAUGUAAUCUCUGAAUAUGCCUGAGACAGGCAGUUUGCAAGAUUGGGAUACAAAUUAAGCUAUAAAAUCGUCUCUGAAGCUUUGCACUUUUUCUAUUUUGAUAGACAUAUAUUUUUUAAUUAAUGAUGAGAUGAAAAAAUGUAGUUUGAACUAACACACAAGGAGUCUCACUGUGCGUUUUACAGCCCAGAAAUGGGCAUAUGGGGAUAUCUUAACUUUUAAACUUAUGAAAAUAUUUACAGAAUUCAUAGUACUCUUCACUUUUUAAUAUCAGGUUUACAGUUGUCAAUUAAAAUGCUGUUCUCAUAUUUUUCUCUUUCUUAUAGAGUAAGAUUUUUUUUUUUAGAACCCAAUCAUUCCAUAAUUAAUUGCCACUAUGAAGUUCCUUUUUUACAAGUGACUUCUACAGAGGCAGUAGCAAAUACCUAAGCCAGAAUCUUUAAUUCUUGUGCCUGUGGUCAACCCCUUCUACAGUACUUUUCAAUGUAGGCAGUAGGAUAAUUUGUUUUCUCUGUGUGUGACACUGUGCUUCAACACAGUCCAGUUGAGAGAGUCGUCCUGAAACUUCACAUUCUUCUGUGAUAUGCUGCUGAAAACUGACUGGACUGCAUUCUCAUCUGGUCAGCUGUGUGUAGGAAUGAAAGAAGUGCAGAAGUGUGGCACCUUGCUGUAACAUGAAUUUUUUUUUCCCCCUUCAGCCAAUCUCAAUUCAGGACCAUAUGCUAAUGGUCUUGUGCCCAUGAACCUCAAACACUUUUUCCUGAAAUCUCCUAGAAAACUUCAAAUGAGAUUUAAUGCCUGAUAGCAAAUUGCAGCAAAAUAGACAAGUUGCAGCUUCAGACUUUUUCCUUACAUAGUAGUGUAUUUUAUCUGUUCUUGAAUGUUUCACAUGGAGUUUCAUGAUCAACCUUGGUUUUCCCCUCUUUUUCUCCCCCCCCUCCAACCAAACGAACAACAAUCAAAACAAAACAAAAAACAACUCUGGACUCUUCAUACAGAAAGAAGGAGUUACUUGUGUAUUCAGAAUACUUUUAAAUAAAAACUGAGAUGUGCCUAUAAUUUUUUUUGUUGUGUUUACCUUGUGGAGCAUAACUCCAUCGCCCUGCUCAAAAUACUAUUCAUUACUAAAACCCAAGAUUAACUAACUUGAUUAUAACUUAUAAAGAGAGAAGUGGAAAAAUAAUCAGUAUCCUUUAAACAACUAUUGUAAGCUUUCCAUUGAGUGUCUUGACUAAGUAUAUAGGUGUAUAUAUAUAUAGUAUAAAAAAAUCUGGUAAAGUAAAUGUUUCCUUACUAUUGAGUUAUUUCAAAGUGCUUUAUCGGGUUCUGAGAGUAAAGACUUAGGCCCCAUCUAUUCUUGGCGCAGAUAGUCUUCACUGGCAUGCCAAGUGUAUGAACAUGAAUUGGCUAACUUGUAUUAUAUUGAAAUUGAAGGCAGGCCAAAGCUUGAGGGAAAAUGGUAUACAGUUAGGUAUGUGAACCUGUGGUUCUUGAACCCUUUGUUCAGAGGGGCAGCUGUGGAGAUAGUGAGCCUACUCAUAGUCUCUGCAC